AUGGGAAAGCGCCGAUCGCCACCUUCCCUUUCAUUAUCUCCGGAGCCGCCGCCAUCCCACUUACGAUCAACGACGACGACAGGGACCACCGGCAUCCACUCUGUAGCUCGACUGCCACCAUCGUCCGUUGUUCCGACCGUUCAGGGGCCCGUCGCCACUAUUCCUUCGCCGUCAAAACGCCACAGCAGCUUCAUUGUCGGAGUCGUCGCGUGCGUCGGAGGAUCGCCAAGGCUGCCGGAAACGAUUCAGGGCGGUGAUGUUGAUAUUAUCGGACGUUCCUCUUCCUUCUUCUUCUUCUGGUUCGCGGUUGGGUGGCUACCUCAGCCUACGACCGCCGUUGUAGCGCUGUGGAGCCGUAGCGUCGCCGUCAAGCGCCGCCAUUCCCGUGACUCUUGGCUGCUGUUGUUGUCGUGA